UUCAUAUUAAACUUACGUGUACAGUCAUGGCGUCCAUUUUAUUAUUUGCUGCACUUUGUUUUUUAACAGCUGAUGGAUCUCAAGCCAUGUCGCUAUCCCCAUCGACAUCAACAACUACAUCAUCAAAUUGUGUGGACGCUACUUUUGUCAACUGUAAAGAUAGUCACGUGUGUGGUGAUACCAACUUAAGGAAAUACUGUCCUGUGACCUGUGGGGUUUGCAUAACUAGUACUAAAACGUACUCUUGUCAUGAUGAUAAUGUUUUUAACUGCAACAAAAAUGUUUGUGGAUUCCCUUCGCUUAAAAAAUUCUGUCGAGUCACAUGUAACGCUUGUGGUGAGUAUGGCGGUCCUGGACCGGGCGGAACUGGAAUUCCAAACAAUGGUAAUUGCACGGAUUUGAUCCCUAACUGCAAUGAGUUCGAUCUGAGUGUUUGUCGUGGAACCUAUCGUGAUUGGGCUAUAAUCCAUUGUCCAAAGUAUUGUGACCUUUGCGGCAGUGUAGGCAGUACAAGCAGUAAAAUAAAUACAGUCGUUGGAACAGCCUCCACCGUAACCUGUGAAGAUCGGAUUAGUACUUGUAAACAAUACGGUCGAUAUGCUUGCUUUGAUCCAUAUGCUGACUGGGCAAAACAAAAUUGUGCUAAAUUUUGCAGGUUUUGUGCUCAACUUGCACCAUGAUAGCUGUUAUAUUAAACAAUCAUAAAAUAAAUUGUUACUUGCAAUG